AAUCUCUUUUGUUAAAAGUUUAAACACGAAUAAGCGAAUUGUAGGCUGGCCUUGUGUCCUGAGCGCGUUCGUCUGCAAUAAAUUUUCACACCGCCGCGAAGUGUAAUCAUCAACCAUGGGCCUCAAGCAGGAUUCCUUGGAAGAGCAUACGAAGCAAAACAAAGACGUUGGGAAGCAGCUGCCCGAUUAUUAUGGCGUCGAAAAGCAAUUCCUCGCCGCCCCUAUCAAGUCCGCUGUUGACAAAUACAAGCUUGUUCCCGAGUUCCUAAAGGUGAGAGGACUGGUGAAACAACAUUUGGAUUCUUUUAAUUACUUUGUGAAUCACGGGAUCCAGAAGAUUGUCCGUGCUAAUGAUCGUAUAGCAUCCAGUGUUGACCCGAGUAUCUAUAUCUGGUUCAAAGAUGUUAGAAUUGGUGAGCCCUCAAUGCCAAGGGAUGGUGUAAGCGAAGAAAUUAAUCCCCAGAUGUGCCGGUUAUCUGAUAUGACGUAUUCUGCUCCAAUUUUGGUCAGUGUAGAGUACAUUCAAGGAAGUCAUACCCAAAAGAUAAGAUUGGAAAAGAAUGAGGUUGUUAUUGGAAGAAUGCCUAUCAUGUUACGGAGUUGCCGCUGUGUCUUAUAUGGAAAAGAUGAAGCUGAUCUUGCAAGACUUGGUGAGUGUCCCCUUGAUCCUGGAGGAUAUUUUAUUAUCAAAGGGACAGAGAAGGUGAUGUUGAUACAGGAACAGCUAUCAAAGAAUAGGAUUAUUAUUGAUACUGACAAGAAGGGAAACAUAAAUGCAUCUGUGACAAGCAGUACUGAGGAACGAAAAAGCAAAACUGUUAUUUUGAUGGAAAAAGGGAAGAUGUAUUUACAUUUAAAUCAGUUUGUAAACAAGAUUCCUAUUUUGGUGAUCAUGAAGGCCAUGGGAAUGGAGAGUGAUCAAGAAGUUGUACAGAUGGUUGGAAGAGAUCCUCGAUACAGUGACCUACUUUUGCCAUCUAUAGAGGAAUGUGCAAAAAAGUAUGGUGUAUACACGAAACAGCAAGCCUUAGAGCAUCUUGAGACAAAGGUGAAGAAGUCCACUUAUUCUGGUGCUUCAUCGGUGAAGGUCCUCUUUCUCUUAUGUGCGUGUGCGUGUGUGCGUGUGCGUGCACGGGACUUUGUAUUUGUUUUGGUACAUGAAGGUAGAGCUUUAUCCAUUCUGCGACAUAUAUUUCUUGCCAACGUUCCAGUGCGUCAGGAUAAUUUUCGUGCAAAAUGUAUAUAUGUUGCUGUAAUGUUAAGACGCAUGAUAGAUGCAGUGCUGAAUAAGGACACAAUGGAUGACAAGGAUUAUGUGGGAAACAAACGGUUGGAAUUAUCUGGCCAGUUAAUUUCUCUUCUCUUUGAGGAUUUGUUCAAGUCGAUGAUUGAAGAAGUUAAGAAGAGGAUGGACAUGAAUAUGGCGAGACUAAGCAGGUCUAGCCGAUUUGACCCGUUGCAAUAUGUUCGUGGAGACAGUAUUUCUGCUGGCCUAGAGAGGACUCUUUCUACUGGUAACUUCAAUGUCAAACGGUUCAGGAUGGACAGGAAAGGCAUGACACAGGUGUUAGCUAGGCUAUCCUUUAUUGGGACUUUGGGACACAUGACAAGAAUCUCACCACAAUUUGAGAAGUCCAGAAAAGUAAGUGGACCUCGAGCUUUGCAGCCUAGUCAGUGGGGCAUGCUUUGCCCAUGUGAUACUCCUGAAGGUGAAGCUUGUGGACUGGUAAAAAACUUGGCCUUGAUGACUCAUGUCACAACUGAUGAAGAGGAGCGCCCAUUAAUUUCUCUGUGCUACUGUUUGGGAGUUGAAGACUUGGAACUACUAUCUGGAGAAGAGCUUCAUGCGCCGAAUUCCUUUUUAGUUAUAUUUAACGGGCUGAUCCUUGGCAAGCAUCGGAGGCCACAGCAUUUUGCUACAGUUAUGAGAAAGUUACGGAGAUCUGGCAAAAUUGGCGAGUUCGUAAGUGUCUUUGUCAAUGAGAAGCAGCGCUGUGUUUACAUUGCUUCUGAUGGAGGAAGAGUUUGUCGUCCACUUGUCAUUGCUGACAAGGGCAUAUCAAGGAUCAAAGAACAUCAUAUGAAAGAGUUGUUGGAUGGAGUUCGCACCUUUGAUGAUUUUUUACGAGAUGGGUUGAUUGAGUAUCUUGAUGUGAACGAGGAAAACAAUGCUUUGAUUGCUUUAUAUGAGGGGGAGGCAACACCAGAAAGCACACAUAUUGAAAUAGAGCCUUUCACCAUCUUAGGUGUUUGUGCUGGGCUUAUUCCAUUUCCUCAUCAUAAUCAGUCACCCAGAAAUACUUAUCAGUGUGCAAUGGGGAAGCAAGCCAUGGGGAAUAUUGCAUAUAACCAGUUGUCUCGGAUGGACACCUUACUUUACCUACUGGUGUAUCCUCAACGACCUCUGUUGACAACAAAGACAAUUGAGCUGGUUGGAUAUGAUAAGCUUGGAGCAGGGCAGAAUGCCACUGUUGCUGUGAUGAGCUAUAGUGGCUAUGAUAUAGAGGAUGCAAUUGUCAUGAACAAGUCAUCUUUAGAUCGUGGAUUUGGUCGCUGUAUCGUUAUGAAAAGGUGCUCUGCCAUUAGACAAAAGUAUGAAAAUAACACAGAGGACAGGAUAAUUAGACCCAAUAGAGAGGGAGACGGUGCAGGAAGGAUGCAGAUCCUAGAUGAUGAUGGGAUUGCUGCACCUGGGGAAGUCAUUCGGCCAGGGGACAUUUAUAUCAAUAAGGAGUCCCCCAUCAUUACAAGGGGGCCAAUGGUUUCUCCAGCUGGACUACCAGAUAGAGCAUAUAGGCCCAGUAUACAAACAUUCAAGGGAUCUGAAGGAGAGUCUUGUGUGGUGGAUCGAGUUGCUCUUUUUAACGAGAAGAACAAUAAUUUAUGUAUCAAGUUUUUAAUCCGUCAUACUCGUAGGCCAGAGGUUGGUGACAAAUUUAGUAGCAGACAUGGGCAAAAAGGUGUUUGUGGCACCAUUAUCCAGCAGGAAGACUUCCCCUUUUCUGAACGUGGCAUUUGCCCUGAUUUAAUUAUGAAUCCUCAUGGCUUUCCUAGCCGAAUGACUGUAGGUAAGAUGAUAGAGCUUCUUGGGGGUAAAGCUGGAGUUUCAUGGGGUAGGUUUCGUUAUGGCAGUGCCUUUGGGGAACCAAGUGGUCAUGCAGAUACGGUUGAAGCUCUAAGUGAAGCCCUUGUGAAUAAAGGUUUUAGCUACAAUGGCAAGGACUUCCUUUAUUCAGAGACAGAUGAAAAUAUUCCCUCAUCUCAGAUCCUAUCCCACGCUACACGUAUCACAGGUUGCCCACUGCAAGCAUAUAUUUUCAUGGGGCCAAUUUAUUACCAAAAGUUAAAACAUAUGGUCCUAGAUAAAAUGCAUGCUCGAGGUAGUGGGCCCCGUGUCAUGCUAACAAGACAACCUACUGAAGGGAGAGCUCGAAAUGGAGGACUACGGGUAGGAGAAAUGGAACGCGAUUGUCUGAUUGCGUAUGGCGCUAGCAUGUUAAUUUUUGAGCGCCUAAUGAUCUCUAGUGAUCCUUUCGAAGUUCAGGUUUGCAGAGUAUGCGGUUUGUUAGGAUAUUACAACCAUAAGCUGAAAACUGCAAUUUGUUCAUCGUGUAAAAAUGGGGAUAAUAUAUCUACUAUGAAACUUCCAUAUGCAUGCAAGCUCUUAAUCCAGGAGCUCCAAUCAAUGAAUAUUGUUCCACGCUUAAAGCUAGCAGAGGCAUGAGUUGAAGGAUAUUCUUGACCCCCUGUUGUACAUAAAUUGAAAGAAAAAGAUUCUUUUGUAAUGCGUUUAAAAAUGCUACAAAUUUACUUCUAGAGGCUACUACAAUCCAGCUGAGUUUUCACUGCAAUGUAUGGUCAGACAUUUAAAUUUUAAUUACCCGCUAUAUAUAUAUAGCUUUUGUUCUUGUUUA